UGAACCGGUCAGAGUAGAGUUCACUUAGUUUACUUGUCUUUAGACUAACUUAAACUUUAUAAUUAUUAUUGCGUCAUGUGGAGUUUGCAGCGUCUCGUGCGCAGCUCUGCUCAACAGUCUCUGAGUCUGAACCUUCAAAAUAAAAGCACGUCCAGGUGCUAUGCGACCUCUGCAGGGAGCAAAACGGUGCGGAUCGGCUGUGCGUCCGGUUUCUGGGGGGACACCGCGGUGUCAGUGCCCCAGCUGAUCCACGGAGGGAAGCUGGACUUCCUGGUGUUCGACUACCUCAGUGAGAUCACCAUGUCUCUGCUCACCGCUGCCAAGACCAAGAUGCCUAACAUGGGUUACGCUCCAGACUUCGUCCAGGUCGCUGUGGCUCCGUUCAUCCACGACAUCCACAAGAAAGGUAUACGUGUGAUCAGUAACGCGGGCGGCGUCAAUCCUCUGGCGUGCGCCGCCGCCAUACAGGAAGUCAUCAAGAAGGCCGGGCUGGACCUCAAGGUUGCCGUGGUGACCGGUGAUGACCUCAUGCCCCAUAGGAGCAGCCUCUCUGAGGUAAAGAUGGCCGAUGACAGCAGCAAACAACAUUUACCUAAAACUCUCCACAGUAUGAACGCUUAUCUCGGAGCUCUUCCUAUCAGGCGUUGUCUGGAUCUUGGAGCAGACAUCGUGGUGACGGGUCGAUGUGUUGACAGCGCUGUGGCUCUGGGGCCGCUCAUGCACACCUUUGGAUGGGAGAAGAACAACUAUGAUCUGUUGGCAGCUGGGAGUCUUGCAGGUCACCUGAUCGAGUGCGGAGCUCAGGUUACAGGAGGAAUCUUUACUGACUGGCACAAAGUCCCAGACUGGAACAAACACACCACAUCCAAGAUCAUCAACCAUCCCACUCCCAACCUCACCGAGCUCAACCACAGAGCAGUCACACGCCCAACGACCCAGAUCACCCUCUCUACCCUCACUUCACACUGCUGCCGUCUGGUCGCAGAUACAGGACUCUGA